AUGGUUGGCGCACCGCGCUUCACCCAGAAACCGUCGAUUCAGCAGACGCCAACUGUGAGUGUUUCUCCCUUGCUUUCAGUUAUUUUUGCUUCGUUUUCACACGUGCUCCUCUUGUAUACAUACCACCUCUGCUGUUCCGGUCUCUCUCUCUCUCUCUCUCUCUCUCUCACGCUCUCGCUUUCCGUGUCCCUUCGGAGCCCAUGCCCUGCCACAUGGCUCAUGGCAAAUGAUGGCGGGAUCCCGCUGUUUCUGCGUCUCCGAUCGCCCAGAGUCCUAGUGUAUUGUGGGGGCGAUGCCCGAAAGCCAACUGGCCGCCGGCUCCACGAGUUGCCGCGCUAUUUCUCGCCGCAUCUCUUGAUGCGCGCCGUGUGCUCCUCGUCGCUUUACGGCCUUCACGGGCUCAAGACAGCAGCUCCGAGGCCGCAGCUCGCGGAGCCCUGGAAAGCAGCAUCGGUAGCAGAAAAAAAUAAGUGAGGAGCAGGCAGGAGCAGCGGGCGGCGAACCUGACCGCAAAACACUUGGAUUCCAGAGGGGUUUGAGACAAGAACGGAACAUCCGAGAGAGAGAGAGAGAGAGAGAGACCGUAAAUAUUGACUGUUUGUGGUUUCUUGAGGUGUUUGAUGGAGAAACAUUGGUUCUGGAAAGCCCUUACGAGAACCAUUUCCCAAAAACUUUCGAAAGGGAACAGCAACUUUUUGAUAUUCUUUCAUUUCUUGAAUUGAUAAAGAUCAAUACACAACUCGAAAACGGAUAGAAAAACAAAAAGAAGGUGCAGGAGAACCACGUGCUACUGAAAGAAAUUUUGAAAUUCGAUCCAUUCAAAUACACAAACACCCUCUUGAAGUGAGUGGAAAAAAUGAUACCCUGGAACAAAGGAAACGAUUGAAACUACUGUACGGAGGCUAUAAUCUAAAGAACGUUUGCUUCUUUUUAAUCGUUCGAUCCGAUCAGUGUCGCCCUCCGCCGACUGAUUGCGGGGGAUCCUUGUUUUCGUGUUUUCGUGUGACGUCAUCAAAGGGGAGAGGGAGUGUGUAAACAACGAAACAUUGAACUUCUGGAAGGGAAUAGAUUGAUUGCAGGGUGAUCUGCUGAUGGAAUGUCAUCUCGAGGCGGACCCACAGCCGACGAUCGCGUGGCAGCACUCGGGGAACCUUCUGGAACCGUCCGGAAGAGUCGUUCAGACAUUGACUCCGUUGGGCGGAAGCCUUUAUAAGGCCACGCUAGUCAUCAAGGUGAGAAAGAUUGGGGAAAAGACGGAAAAUGGGGAAUGUUGGGCAAUGAGGUUUCGGAUGACAGGGCAGGUGCCAACGAGAGAAUAAGAAAACACGCAAGUUGCGAAGUUUAGCUGACGAGCGAAGAUAUCGAAGAACUGCGAUGAAAAAGAAUCGCAGAAUGAAAGUGUUAUUUCAGGAGCCGAAUGCAGGAGAUGGAGGUGCGUACAAAUGCACAGCCAAGAAUCAGUUGGGCGAAUCGAAUGCGAACAUCAAUCUGAACUUUGCUGGCGCCGGAGGAGAUGAGGCGAAGUCCCGCGGUCCGUCUUUCGUCGGAAAGCCUCGAAUUAUUCCGAAAGACGGCGGAGCAUUGAUUGUGAUGGAGUGCAAAGUAAAAAGUGCUUCGACUCCAGUUGCAAAGUGAGUGAUUUGUCUGGAAUCGGAUGGAGAAGACGUUGUGUUUCAGAUGGAUGAAGGACGGAGUUCCGCUGAGCAUGGGAGGACUCUACCAUGCCAUUUUCAGUGAUCUCGGAGAUCAAACAUACCUGUGUCAGUUGGAAAUUAGAGUAAGUAGAGUAAGUGUUGGAGAACUUUUCUAGAAUUCGAGUUUGAAGGGCCCGUCAUCAUCGGACGCCGGCCAAUAUCGAUGUAAUAUUAGAAACGAUCAAGGAGAGACGAACGCCAAUUUGGCAUUGAAUUUUGAAGAGCCAGAUCCAGCCGAAAAACCAGAGAGAAAAAGAUCGACUGCUUCGCCAAGACCGUCGUCCCGCGGUCCUGGAAGCCGUCCGUCUUCACCAAAGAAGUCGAUGAAGUCAAGGGAAGGCACGCCGAAGCGCACUUUGAAACCGAGGGAAGGAUCUCCGACGAAGAAGUUGAGGUGGGAUGUGUCCACAACUAUUUCCCUGAGGUUUUCCUUUCAGAUCCCGUACUUCUACGCCCGUGAACGAAGAGGCAUCGCAAUCGGAGUCCCGCCGAUCGAGCCGAACCGAAAAGAUGGAAGUAGACCAAGUAGCGGCGAAACGAAAACCUGAAGGACUCCCGCCGCCGGGCGGUGACGAGAAGAAGCUUCGAGCGGGCAGUCCCUCCGCGCGAAAGUCUCCUUCCCGCAAGAGUGCGUCGCCAACGCCAUCCAGAAAAGGAAGCAGUGCCGGCGGAGCGUCUGCCGGAGUAACUGCCUCCUCUGCUUCCUCCCAACAACAAUCCCAGCAGUCUCAUCAGCAAUCCCAACAGAAAUCCCAACAACAGUCCCACGAUCCAUCUCGUGACAAGUACACGAGGCCGCCGAUCGUACUGGAAGCCAGCAGGUCCAAGGUAAGAUUCCCUCUCCGAUCGGCUUUCGUUCUCUUGCUCUCUGAUCGUUCCGCCUACACUUUGGCGUGAAAAAGAGUUCAACGAACGGCCGAAUUGGCAGCCCAUUCAUGCCAGAUGUGAACAGAAAACUACGAAGAAACGGAGCAAACGCUUUUGAGAUCUCGGUCCGGAAACAAGGGGAAUACGAAUUGAAAAUGCACAAACGAAAGAAAAGAAUAACUUGUUACAGACUGGCCGAAUCGGUGGAUCAGUGGUCCUGGAGGUUCAGUGGCAGUGCCAUUCGUCCACUAUCAUUGAGUGGUACAGGUCAGCAACUUGAGAAAUUCUCUUUCCGAGUCGUCAGCCUAUCCAUACAUUUUCAGAGAUGGCGCUUUGGUCCGAAAUUCUUCCGAGUAUUCUCAGUCGUUCAACGGAUCCAUAGCCACGCUUCAAGUCAACAAUUUGACCGAAGACAAGUCUGGUCUCUACAAAUGCCACGCAAAGUGCGACUAUGGAGAAGGUCAAAGCAGCGCGAUGGUAAAGAUCGAACAGUCUGGUCAGUCCUUUUUCUCUCCAUCUCCGUUUUUGAUACCGUAGUAGUCUAUGGUCCAUAGACCAGCCGAACAAGACGUUUUCCGUUUUCUCGGUACACACUCGUUUCACGUUUUUUUCAGCGGCCGGAUGGUGCCCAAACGCUUUUUGAACAAUUUUCAGAUGUGGAAGAAGAACUGCUCAAGCACAGAAAAAAUUUGGAGAAUGAAUACAAGGAGGAGGAGGAACGGAGAGAAUCGCAGACGCUUCAGGCCACCAAGAAGCGGGUUGCGAGAAGAAGUAAAUCGAAGAGCAAGAGUCCGGUUAGUUAAUUUAAAAGUCGAAUUUUCAUUCGGAAUCCUAUUCUGCUGCAGGCCCCACAAGCGAAGAAGAGCGCCACUUCGGAGAGCGAACGUCCCAACGCCUCGGAAGUCGAGCAGAAGAGAAGCACCAGUGUGCGGCCGGAUCCAGAUGACGUACGGUGGAAAACGGGGGUUAUAGUUAACACGUGCUCAACGAGCAAAAACCGUCUGACUCGGCCGCCCAGUUAAACGCACUCGAAACAGUGUUUGACGCGUUUUGUGUGUGUGUAGCUUCGUGUCUUUGGGGAAGGGAAAACAUUAUGUGGCGUGGCACGCAAGAUCGGAAAUCAGAAUGGAAAUUGAGAUUUGUUUGGUUGAGAAUGGAUGGAUUGGAUUGGAUUACUUACAUAAUGAACUAACAAUGUUUGAACCAUUUUAUGGAAAAGUAAAAAAAAGUUUAAGUUCAUAUUGGGACUGAAAAUCAAACUUGAUGUGGCUCUUUUUUCAAAGCAUAAUUUCAUUUCAAUUUACGAGAAGUCAGGAAACUUCCGGGCAGCUACCGUUAUCUGUUUCGUUCAAAAAUAAAAAAGCGAUACGCUUUCGGAUGAAAUUGACGGCUGGUUGUGAGAAUGCAGAUCAGAAACUGAAAAGAGUCUCUUUGAUUCUUGAUCAGUUUGGCCUACCUACCGUACUCUCGUCAGUCUGAUCUGGUUGAAGCUCUUCGCAGUACAAACGUCGAACAACGUGUAAGUCGGCGCCCUCCGCACGUCGGCCUGCUAUUCCGACAAAAGUGACAAACGGUACUCGAAAAUGACACAAGUACCUUUGCCAAAGCCUCCUCCUACAUCAUUUUGAAAUGAAGUGUCUGUGUCUCCUCCUCUCGCACACUCUCUCGCUCUCGCUUCGGUAUUCGACCGUCACAAAGUGAGCUCAGGAGUUCCCACUUCUCGGAGUUACCCCCCGACCAUCCCAGACUUUUUUUUUCGAUUUCAUUUUCUUCCGAUUAGCAUAGUCAAUGAAAAAGACGUUGGAACUGUUCCAAAGUUUGAAUAAGCGAGUCGGGAGAGAGUAAAGAUCAGCUAGUCUAGUCGAACUUGAGCAUUGUUAGGGCUCUCGAACAACACGACAGUUCAGUUCACACAUGAUGUAAUGUGGUGGCGAACUCGCUUUUUUCUCUUCUCUUUUUUCAACAAUCUCGAGUAACUGUCUCACUUUUCCUUAUCUCUGAACAUUUUCAGGCUAGAACUUUCGAAUAUAAUAGAAAGCAUUUUGAAUUUCUAGAAUAGUUCUUCUGGCCGGCUCGCCGUUCAACAACCCUUCAGAAUUGGACGUACAGUCCCUUUCCCCCAAUCCAAACUUUCCAAUUCUAUCGCCCACAUUCACCGUCCCCUGUGCGAAAAGGGACGGAAUCUGGUGUAAAUAGCGGCGUGUCCCUGAAUAGUUCUGCCAAGAUGAACUACACGCCUGGAUCGUACCUCCAGAACUUUCUGAAGAGGUCGGCGAGCAACGACGGCAGCGAGCAGUCCUCCGCAGCGGCACGUCGUCUGCCUCCUCGUCCGCCGUUCGAGACCUCUCACUCGAUGGCUUCUUCCUCUUCUCCUCAGAACGCGCCCCGUCGCAUGGUGAAUCUUCGAUCGGUUUCCGACCGUCAAGGGGCCGCCCGUCCCUGCGGAGAAUCUCCGAAUCCACUGAAUAUGCGAAGUGCGAACUCAUCCGGACCGGAUCUGAACAAGAUAUCGCAGAUCCACGCAUUCAUACUCUCAAAAAUGCCGGAGGGCGAAGCGAAAGAAAAGUUUCUGAGAAGUAUUCUGGACUUUGACAGUCCGAUAUCACGAAGGGGAAGUCGGGACGACGUCGGCAGUCACGCACUCAAGACCACGAACAGCAAGUCGUCGAUCAACUCCAGCAGCAAUGUUAGUUUGAGAGAGGAAUUGAACAGUUGCACCACUAAUGUUCGUCACUAAUAUUGUAUAGUUUAUCUAGUGGCAUGAGUCUCCCACGUUUCGAAAGCUUGAUUUGUUCAAGCGUUCCCUGCAACUGAAGAAAUCCCUUUUCUUUGAAUGAUUGGAAUGGCAUCGGGAUCAAGAAUCUGUUUGUUUUUCACUUUAGCGUUUUAGCACUUUUAAUAGUUGCAUGUAAGUGCUUCACCUCACAAUUGAUUCCGUUCGAUGAAUGAAACCCUUUCUGAUAUUGUUUGAAUGCUGGAUUUGAAUGCCGUGUUGAACUUUUAUUUUGAUUCUUUGCAUGUUUUCACUUACAUACAAAUGGUCCGUCUGCUCGAGCCCGUUCCCACUCUCAAAAUCCCAUUUGUUUCCUUCAAAAUGUGUCACGUUACUGCGGUUUCUUCUGGCGGUGCAAAUGCGCGCAGCACUCCAAACCAUCCCGCCCGCGCACUAAAAUCCCUUCCUUUCUUACUUUCUCCCCUUCCGAUCCACUUUCGAACGCCGCGCACAAAAAGUUGCGAAAUAGCGUUUUUGUACUGGAGGCGCUCGUAGUACUCGGAAGUGAGAGAGUAGGAGAGAGCGGGCGCCAGGGCGGAGUGCACAGAGAAGCAGAAAUACCUCGGGGUGUCGUUUUUUGGAUAUCCCCGCAGGAAGGAGGCGCUGCCCGUGAGGGAGGAAGCUCAAGAAUACAACAAACAUGGAACGCGUACUCGCUGUGCUGCCACCAUCUUUUUAGCCACACAUUAUUUGAGACCUCUCUUUUCCCCCUUCCUUUUCCACGCAUUUCCAGCUUCGUUUCAAGUUGCCACGUCCUAACGUUUGUUAGAUUUUUCCUUCCGAUCCGCGUAGACAGUUGCCACGUCAUUAAUAAUCACGGACACUCUUUCUUCGCGAGAAGUGCCGUAAACUUGUCAGAAACGUGUCAAACUGAUGAUAUGUGUUUUGGUGUGAUAUCCGAGAAAUCGGGCGAAAACCUGAGAAGACAAAGAGAGAGAGUGCACGAGAUUUUGGCGCCAAACUGUUUGGAUAGUGAGUGAGUCAAUUGAGAAACUCCUACGUUCUUCGGAAAGAAUUCACAGAGUGCUUGCUAGGAACACAAAUUCGUCUGGAUUGUCAGCAACAGGUUGCAAUAUUUCCAUCCGAGCCUACAGUAAUUGAUUCUGUAGUAGCAAUCGAAUCUUUAAUCAGGGCUCUCUCUGCCGGCAGGCGCCAAUCCGCCCUCUAUCUUUUUUGCCAACCUCAUCUCGGGCCUCAUCGGAUCCGCAAUCUCUUAUCACCAAACACAAGCUCUCUCCGACCCGACUCGCGUGCCACUGCGGCGUCGUCUGUUGCCGUGUCGCGGUGUUUGUAUCAAUUUCCUGGUAUCCAACCAAACAUUCUGUUUGUUAUUUCUAUUUCGACAACAAACAAAACAACCACACAAAACGAUCGGACUAUGCAUCGCGCAGCACUUAUUUUCUCUGAAUUAUAGCUCUUUCGUCUACUAGUCUUCAUUUUUAUUUAUUCCGAAACUUUUUGAAAUGGAUCCUGAACAUUCUGAUACGGUGAGCGAGUUUUCUUUUUGCCCAAAAAGGGACGCCAAAUUGCACAUGAAGCCUGUCCAGAGACUAAUGCCCAAUUACAGUGGGCUCUAGGUGUCGAGCAACUCCUUCGAUUCGUGCUCAUCAUCAUCUCAACUUGUUGUUUUUUGCGUUGACUCCUCCAAACGCUUGUGUGCCAUUGGGCCGCGACACUGGACGAGCGCGAAAGUGUAAAAAUGUUAUCAUUAUCCUCGUUUCUUCUUCCUUUCUCUCUCCUCCCGCUCUCCCGUUUGUGCCUCCGCGUAAAAAGCGACGGAAGUCCGUGUCUCUUGAAGCUCCUCGAGCUCAUCAGACGGGGACCUUCGGGAGCACAGAACCAACGGCUGGAGAUGGGUCAAAACACAAAUGCGAACAACGGAAACUUGUUCGGAACUCUCUGCGAGCGAGACUGAAAUCGAUUAGAUGGGCGCGAGAAGCGGGGGCGGUUUGCGGGAGAUCCCGGCCGGAAACAGCUGCCAUCCUGAAUGAGAUUUUGAUGAACAUGUUGUUUUUGCUAGGUUUUUGAGAAAACAUGCAAAUGAUGAGCAUGAAUGGAAUUCUUGAAUUUAUACGUGCUCGCGAAAGUGAUCAGACUAAUGGAUCUGUUGGAUAAAGAUCGAAAUUUGAACUGUCAAUAUUGAAACAAUUGGGGCAAAGUCCCUCACUGAGUGUGUUUCUUUUUUGCAAAAAAAAGCAAAAUCCUUUCUUCUCCUAUCUUUUCCUGCACUGAUAAACAUCGAUAACCAGAAAGUACGUGAUAAAUAAUGGUGCGCGAGGGUUUCUUGUGCGGGCACUUGAGAGAAGUAAAAUGGUUGAGGAAGCUCGAGUGAUAAUGAGACAAAAAACGAAGGAAAGAGAGUGUGUUUGAGGAGAGCGCUUCCCUUCCGCCAAUCCACAAAUAUCACAUGAACGCACGAGAGAGUUUGGAAAUCCCCCGAACGGCUUUGUGUUUUGCAACGAAAAAAAAAAGAAUCAGAAGUAACACGUGCCAACACUCGGAAACUUGAUGACCGCACCCAGUUGUGUUUGUUGCAGGAAUCUCAGUUGGACGAGAUCCCCAGUUCGGGUCUGACGAUCCCAGAGGAGCGCCGUCGAGAAUUAUUGGGUCAGGUCGGAGAAAGUGACGACGAGGUUCGUUUUAAAUUUUAUUCAUGUUCGAUUAAGGGUGCAUUUGACUGCAAUCGUUCUGCCGCACAACACGUGAAUUCAGUGCGAAAUUGGAUAAGUUUAGCAUUUCAGCACUGAAUUCACGUGGUUUGCGGUAGAACGCGAUUGCAGUCAAAUGUAUCCCUUAUAGCAGCGAACAUUCAAUGGAUUGAAUACUUUUCAGUUUGUCAGCUUGAUCUCCAUUUCAGGUAUCCGAAUCGAUAUCCGAACUUCCAUCAUUCGCCGGAGGCAAGCCUCGCCGCAAGACUGAUGUAUGUUUCUUUUCGUAGCCUCUUAUCCCCCGACUCCCUCCACCUACUCAUUUCUUCAUCUAUCUUUCUUUAUCUCUCUCCUUCUUCCUACCAUUUCUCUCUUCUCUCGUCUUUGUCCGUUUUGUGCUUGUCCAAAUGUUUUGAUGGCGCGAACAAAACCGAAAAGGAGCCGUGGGCUCUUGCUCACAUACAGUUUGCCCCCGCACCAUUGAAAAGUGACCCUGAAGAAGUAAGAAGAAGAAGAAGAAGCAAGACACGGAGGGCACUUGUGCAGGGGCGCGGGGGCAAACAGAUAGUGAGCCCACAUGUGUCAACUAGCUGAUCAGCCAAUUGAUCAUUUGCCAUCUUGUCCCUCGUCCCUUUCUUGUCCUCUUCCCCCUGUUCCAUGCGAGUUUCAGAGUCCUCCGAAGCAGGACGAGAUGUUCUCUCGCGACUCCGUUCUUCGCAAAACCACUACAUCCACUAGAAAUGAAUCGAGUACUGUAGAGGUGCGGUGUCUUUUAUUUUAUGUCUUUUCGUCAUGUCCGAUGUCCCAUUUUAGGAGAAGACACAACUUCGCAAAACUGUCAAAAAGGCCGAUGGCGAGCUUGAUUUCAAAGCCAUGGUCAAAUUGAAAAAGGUGAAAAAGGAAGAGGGCUUAGCCGCCGAAAAGGCGGGAUUCCCCCUCGACCACGCCGAUUCCACGUCAUCCGUGUUGUCUCAAGAAACGAGAUCGAGACGCGGUUCGAAUGCACUCUUCGGAAAAGAAGGCCUCCCCGAGCAGCCGGCGAACCCGUUUGCUCAGCUUAAGAAAGUGAAGGCCGGCGGGAACGGACUGGAAAAGUCCGAUUCGACGGCGAGUCUGAAGAAACUCGAGCUGAAAAAGGGAAAGGUCGAAGAGAGCUCGGAUGGUGCAUUCAAAGUGCAACUGAAGAAGGUGGUUAAGAAAGAAGUGAAGGAGACGACGGUCAGUGUGAAAGAGAAGAAUGGCACGACUUCGGGCAUCAACACCGAGUUUAAGCUGGAGAAAAGAGAGCGGACCACGUUGCAGAAGUACGAGAAAACGGAUGACAACGGGUCCAAAAAGGAGGUAGUCCAUGUUCUUUGUGUGUGUGUGUCUCCGUUCGCUCGCUUUCCUCCUAUCAUUUCCUAUCCUCUAUGUCUUUCUCCUCUCACUUCCACCCACUUCUACCGUAACCCUUUCUCUCCCUAUCCUAACCGUUUUUCUAGGACAAGCCCAAGAAGGUCAGCAUUGCGCCCACGCCGACCAGCACGUCCAGCGAUGAACCGUCGACGCCACGUGUAAGAAUCGGAAAAUAAGAGAACGAGUUUGCAUGGUUUGAGGUGAAUACUUGUAAUAUUUUUCACUUUCCGCUAAUCAGUCCGGUCCCGGAACUUUGCUUCAUUCCGUCUUUUCCCGUCCAUUCCGAACUCUCUAACUCCAUGUUCUAACCGUUCAUUUCAGCACCACAAAGAAGUCGAAGAAAAGUCAACGUCUGAGGAGAAAAAAACAAAGGUUCAAGGCCGCCAAGUGGGUCAAAAGAGGAAUGGCGCCCAGAAAGCCGAGGAGCCGAAGAACCUUCUAUCGCAGAUUCAGUUGAAGAAGGUGACGAAGAAGGCGCAGGAGGAGGUCAAUGAGAUGGAGGGCAUCAAGCUGAAAAAAGUGACGACGGUGCCGAAACACGUGGGGGACGACGACAGUCAGUCGGAAUCCGAGUCGCGACGUGGCUCCGUCUUCGGAGACAUCCGCAGAGGAUCGAAAGCUCCGAGAGACUCCGCCGACCACUCGCGCCGAGACUCCAUUGUGAUUUUUACUUUUUUGUGUGGUUAAGACAUUUUUGGCAAUGCCUUCAAUGUUGCAUGACAAUCAUUUCAGGUUCAGAUUUUCAAAUUGAUGUUUUCAGAGACGCUCAAGUAUCGACAUGAGACGCGAAUCCGUGCAAGAGAUCCUGGAUAAAGUGAUAUUUCGAGCAGUGCUCCUGUCCCCAACUGCUGUCUGUUUCAGGUGUCGACACCGCUCGUCCCAAGCGGUGCUUCAGGCAGUGCCCCAAAAAUCGUCGAAGUUCCAGAAAACGUCACAGUCGUCGAGAGUGAGUAUUUUCAAAUGGCGCUACAACGAAUGGAACCGUUACGAUUUAGAACUCGAAGUUGUAUUUUAACGUUGCAAGCUCCAAAUCGUAACAGUUUCAUUCCGUGCGAGUUCUACUUCGUUGUAGCGUCUUUUCAAAUUUGCUGUAUUGAAAGCGCAUAAUUACAGACGAAACUGCCAUUUUGACCUGCAAAGUGUUGGGUAGUCCCGCCCCCACUUUCCGCUGGUUCAAAGGCAAUCGGGAAGUGAUCAGCGGUGGUCGCUUCAAGCACAUCACCGACGGAAAAGAACAGACUGUGGCCCUUGCCAUGCUCAAGUGCCGAUCACAGGUACUCCGAGUCCGUCAGACGAGACCUCAGAAAGUGAUUAUUUGCAGGAUGAAGGUCCCUACACCCUGACGGUCGAGAACGCGCAUGGAACAGAUUCUGCUGAUGUCAAGCUGCUCGUCACUUCGGACAACGGGCUCGAUUUCCGAGCCAUGCUCAAGCAUAGGUCCGUAAUCUCCGAGAGCACCUCUCCUUCUUCUCCCCUUCUCUCUCUCUCUCUCUCUAUUUCCUUUCCGAUUUCCUCUCCUUAUCCGUUUAUCAUUUCCCCCGUUUAGCAAUCAACAACGGCAGAACACGAAAAGGUUACCCACCAAACUUCCUGAAUACUCUCACAUUUCUGACAAGAACGCUUCCCUAACCCUCUCACACAGAACACGUAAUCUCGAUCUUUCUGCAUGCUCUGAUCUCCCGUAAUUCCACAUUCACAUGUGCCGCCACAAACCCGCAAAUAAACGCUUUUUCCGCUCUUUCUGUUGUGGAAAGAGAAAUAAUCCAAAAGUUUAAGUUCGGUUUCAGCUGUUUUCAGUUCUUUCAUCAACUCAUUCCUUGGAAUAAUAAUUUACUUUCAGAGAAUCGCAAGCCGGUUUCCAAAAGCCGGAAGGAGAAGUCGGAGGAGAUCCGAAGAAACCGAUGACCGAGGCCGAACGAAGACAGUCCCUCUUCCCAGGCAAGAAGGUCGAGAAGUGGGAUGUGCCGCUUCCCGAUAAAACCGUUCAGCAACAGGUAAAUUUGAGGAACGAGACUGCCUUUAAUAACUUUUUAAGGUUGACAAAAUCUGCGAGUGGAAGUGCACCUACUCGCGUCCGAAUGCCAAGAUCCGUUGGUACAAGGACCGAAAAGAGAUCUUCUCCGGAGGACUCAAAUACAAGAUCGUCAUCGAAAAGAACAUUUGCACUCUGAUUAUCAAUAAUCCAGAAGUCGAUGACACCGGAAAGUACACUUGUGAGGCAAACGGAGUUCCAACUAAUGCUCAGCUCACUGUGCUUGGUACGUAUAGUGAUUAGAUGAAUGAAGCAACAAAAUUUCUAUUUCCAGAACCGCCAAUGAAAUAUAGUUUCCUGAAUCCGUUGCCAAACACGCAAGAGAUCUACCGUACCAAACAGGCGGUGCUCACUUGCAAAGUGAACACGCCACGUGCUCCGCUGGUCUGGUACCGCGGAAGCAAAGCGAUCGCAGAGGACGAUCCGAGGUUUAUCAUCGAGAAGGACGCCGUCGGUCGCUGCACACUCACCAUCAAGGAGGUCGAGGAGGACGAUCAGGCCGAAUGGACCGCCAGAAUCACGCAGGACGUGUUCUCGAAGGUACAAGUGUACGUCGAGGAGCCACGUCACACAUUCGUCGUGCCGAUGAAGUCCCAGAAGGUCAACGAAGGAGAAUUGUCCACUUUGGAGACAGACGUGAACGACAAGGACGCCGACGUCAUCUGGUGGCACGACGGAAAGAGAAUCGACAUUGAUGGAGUCAAGUUCAAGGUGGAGGCGCACAACAGAAAGAGGAGGCUCAUCAUCGACGGAGCCAGAAUCGAAGACCACGGAGAGUACAAGUGUACGACGAAGGACGACAGAACGAUGGCUCAACUGAUUGUCGACGCGAGGAACAAGUUCAUCGUCGCACUCAAAGAUUCGGAAGUCAUUGAGAAGGAUGACGUCACUCUCAUGUGUCAGACGAAGGAUACCAAGACUCCUGGAAUCUGGUUCCGCAACGGAAAACAGAUUUCGAGUAUGCCCGGAGGAAAGUUUGAGACACAAUCAAGAAACGGAACACACACCCUCAAAAUCGGAAAGAUCGAGAUGAACGAGGCUGAUGUGUACGAAAUCGAUCAGGCCGGACUCCGCGGAUCUUGCACAGUCACCGUGCUCGAGGCCGAGAAGAGACCAGUGCUCAACUGGAAGCCAAAGAAGAUUGAAGCGAAGGCUGGAGAACCGUGCGUUGUGAAGGUUCCCUUCCAGAUCAAGGGAACUCGCAGAGGAGAUCCGAAGGCUCAGAUCCUGAAGAACGGAAAGCCAAUUGACGAGGAGAUGCGCAAACUGGUGGAAGUCAUUAUCAAGGACGAUGUCGCAGAAAUUGUCUUUAAGAAUCCACAGUUGGCUGAUACCGGAAAGUGGGCUCUUGAACUCGGAAACUCUGCCGGAACCGUCCUUGCUCCGUUUGAGCUGUUCGUGAAGGACAAGCCGAAACCACCAAAGGGACCACUCGAGACGAAGAACGUGACUGCCGAGGGUCUUGAUCUUGUCUGGGGAACUCCGGAACCAGACGAAGGAGCUCCUGUGAAAGCCUACAUUAUUGAGAUGCAGGAAGGAAGAAGUGGCAAUUGGGUGAAGGUCGGAGAGACUAAGGGCACCGACUUCAAGGUGAAAGAUCUGAAGGAGCACGGAGAGUACAAGUUCAGAGUGAAAGCCCUGAACGAGUGCGGACUUUCCGAUCCACUCACUGGAGAAACGGUCCUAGCCAAGAACCCGUACGGAACUCCAGGCAAACCGAAGAACAUGGAUGCCAUCGACGUGGACAAGGAUCACUGCACUUUGGCUUGGGAGCCGCCAGAGGAAGACGGAGGAGCGCCGAUCACCGGUUACAUCAUCGAGAGAAGAGAGAAGUCAGAGAAGGACUGGCACCAGGUCGGACAGACAAAGGGCGAUUGCUGCGAGUUGACUGAUAAGAAAGUCGUGGAGGACAAAGAAUACUUCUACCGAGUGAAGGCAGUCAACAAAGCGGGACCUGGAGACCCGUGCGAUCACGGAAAGCCAAUUAAGAUCAAGGCCAAGAAGGCUGCUCCGGAAUUCACUGGAGGAGGCAUCAAGGAUCUUCGUUUGAAGGUCGGAGAGACCAUCAAGUAUGAAGUGCCAAUCUCCGGAGAGCCACUGCCAGAAGUCACCUGGGUGGUCAAUGGAAAGCCGCUGAAACCAGUGGGAAGAGUGAAGGUGGCGACCGAGAGAGGAAAGCACGUCAUGAAGAUCGAGAACGCCGUGCGUGGAGACUCUGGCAAGUUCACAAUCACUUUGAAGAACUCUUCCGGAACUUGUGACUCCACCGCCACCGUCACUGUCGUUGGAAGGCCGACGCCACCGAAGGGACCUCUCGACAUCGCCGACGUGUGCACCGACGGAGCAACUCUUUCGUGGAACCCACCAGAUGACGACGGAGGAGAUCCGCUCACUGGAUAUGUGGUUGAAGCCCAAGACAUGGACAACAAAGGAAAGUACAUCGAAGUGGGACGAGUGGAUCCAAACACAACGACCCUGAAAGUGGACGGACUGCGCAACAAGGGCAACUACAAGUUCCGCGUGAAGGCAGUCAACAAUGAGGGAGAAUCGGAGCCGUUGUCCGCCGAUCAGUACACGCUCAUCAAGGAUCCUUGGGACGAGCCAGGAAAGCCGGGACGACCGGAGAUCACCGACUUCGACGCCGACAGAAUCGACAUUGCUUGGGAGCCACCACACAAAGACGGAGGAGCUCCGAUCGAAGAGUACAUUGUGGAGGUCCGUGAUCCGGAUACCAAGGAGUGGAAGGAAGUGAAGCGAGUCCCGGAUACGAAGGCCUCGAUUGGCGGACUGAAGGAGGGCAAGGAGUACCAGUUCAGAGUGAAGGCAGUCAACAAGGCCGGGCCUGGACAGCCUUCCGAGCCUUCGGAGAAGCAACUGGCCAAGCCAAAAUUCAGUGAGUUCAUGAACAGCAGUAGAUUAAGCCAAUACGUGAAUAUUUUCAGUUCCGGCGUGGUUGAAACACGACAACCUGAAGUCGAUCACCGUGAAGGCCGGAGCCACUGUCCGAUGGGAAGUGAAGAUCGGAGGAGAACCGAUUCCAGAAGUCAAAUGGUUCAAGGGCGACAAGCAGCUGGAGAACAACAUCCAACUUACGAUCGACACUCGCAAGAACGAGCACACCAUUCUGUGCAUUCCAUCAGCGAUGCGUUCCGAUGUUGGAGAAUAUCGUUUGACGGUGAAGAACUCGCACGGAGCCGAUGAAGAGAAGGCUAAUCUGACCGUCUUGGACAGACCAAGCAAGCCGAACGGACCGCUGGAAGUGUCGGAUGUGUUCGAGGAUAACCUCAACUUGUCGUGGAAGCCUCCAGAUGAUGACGGAGGAGAACCGAUCGAGUAUUACGAAGUUGAGAAGCUGGACACUGCUACCGGAAGAUGGGUGCCAUGUGCCAAGGUGAAGGACACCAAGGCUCACAUUGAUGGACUCAAGAAGGGACAGACUUAUCAAUUCCGUGUGAAAGCCGUCAACAAAGAAGGAGCGUCUGAUGCUCUGUCCACCGAAAAAGACACCAAGGCCAAGAAUCCGUAUGACGAGCCUGGAAAGACCGGAACGCCAGAUGUGGUCGAUUGGGAUGCUGACCGCGUUUCUCUUGAAUGGGAGCCGCCGAAGUCGGACGGAGGAGCCCCGAUCACUCAAUACAUCAUCGAGAAGAAGGGCAAACACGGAAGAGACUGGCAGGAAUGCGGAAAGGUUUCCGGAGAUCAGACAAACGCUGAGAUUCUGGGACUGAAGGAGGGAGAAGAGUAUCAGUUCCGCGUGAAGGCCGUCAACAAAGCAGGACCAGGAGAAGCUUCCGACCCGAGCAGAAAGGUUGUUGCCAAGCCAAGAAAUCUGAAGCCAUGGAUCGAUAGGGAAGCCAUGAAGACUGUGACGAUCAAGGUCGGAAAUGAUGUGGAAUUCGACGUUCCAGUGCGUGGAGAGCCGCCACCAAAGAAGGAAUGGUUGUUCAACGAGAAGCCGAUCGAUGAUCAGAAGAUCAGAGUGAGUUACAGUCCUAAAGAUACCAUUCCAAAUGCUUCCUUUCAGAUCGAAAGCGAGGACUACAAGACUCGUUUCGUGCUCCGUGGUGCAACUCGCAAGCACGCCGGUCUCUACACGCUGACCGCUUCGAAUGCUUCCGGAACCGACAAGCAUUCCGUUGAAGUAAUCGUUCUUGGAAAGCCAUCCAGUCCUCUCGGACCUCUGGAAGUUUCGAACGUGUACGAGGAUCGUGCUGAUCUGGAAUGGAAAGUGCCAGAAGAUGACGGAGGAUCUCCGAUUGAUCACUACGAAAUUGAGAAGAUGGACAUGGCAACUGGAAGAUGGGUUCCAUGCGGACGAAGUGACACCACCAAGUGCAACGUCCAGAACCUCCAACCAGGCCACGAGUACAAAUUCCGCGUUCGCGCUGUCAACAAGGAAGGAGAGUCCGAUCCGCUGACCACCAACACUGCCAUCCUCGCUAAGAAUCCUUACGAAGUACCAGGAAAGACCGAAAAGCCAGAGUUAGUUGACUGGGACAAGGACCAUGUUGAUCUGGCCUGGAAGCCGCCAGCGGACGACGGAGGCGCCCCAAUUGAAGCCUACGUCAUUGAGAAGAAGGACAAGAACGGAAGAUGGGAAGAAGCUCUUGUGGUGCCGGGAGAUCAGAACACUGCUACGGUCCCCGACUUGAAGGAGGGAGAAGAAUAUCAGUUCAGAAUCUCUGCCCGCAAUAAGGCCGGAACUGGUGACCCGUCCGAUCCAUCCGAUCGAGUCAUUGCCAAGCCACGCAAUUUGGCGCCGCACAUUCACCGCGAGGACCUUUCCGACACUGUCAUAAAGGUCGGAGCUUCUCUCAAGUUCACAGUUCACAUCGACGGAGAACCUGCUCCAGACGUGACAUGGUCUUUCAACGGAAAAGGAAUCGGAGAGAGCAAGGCUCAGAUUGACAACGAGCCGUACAUUUCUCGAUUCGCUCUUGCUAAAGCUGCUCGCAAACAGAGUGGCAAGUACACGAUUACUGCUACCAAUGAGAACGGAACUGACAGUGUCACCAUCGAGAUCAAGGUGAAGAGCAAGCCAAUGAAGCCGAAGGGACCGAUCGAUGUGAGCGACGUUUUUGAGGACAGAGCCACUCUUGACUGGAAGCCGCCAGAGGACGAUGGAGGAGAACCGAUCGAGUUCUACGAAAUCGAGAAGAUGAACACGAAGGACGGCAUCUGGGUUCCUUGCGGAAGAAGUGGGGACACUCAUUUCACCGUCGACACUCUCAACAAGGGAGAUCAUUACAAGUUCCGUGUGAAGGCAGUCAACAGUGAAGGUGCUUCCGAUCCGUUGGAGACUGAAACCGACAUUCUGGCCAAGAAUCCAUUCGACCGUCCGGAUAGACCAGGACGUCCAGAGCCAACUGACUGGGACUCUGAUCACGUGGAUCUUAAAUGGGAUCCGCCACUUUCCGAUGGAGGUGCUCCCCUCGAAGAGUAUCAGAUUGAGAAGAGGACCAAAUACGGAAGGUCAGUUUGAAAUUGAAAGUUAUUCAUUCAUGAUAUUCAUUCAGAUGGGAACCUGCCAUCACUGUUCCGGGAGGACAGACCAAGGCCACAGUGCCAGACCUGACUCCCAACGAGGAAUACGAAUUCCGUGUGAUCGCCGUCAACAAGGGAGGUCCAUCUGAUCCGUCCGAUGCCAGCAAGGCAGUCAUUGCCAAACCAAGAAACUGUAAGUUGAUACUCCAUUCGUUCCUAGUAGUUUAAUCUGCUAUUUCAGUGAAGCCACAUAUUGACCGUGAUCCCCUCAAGAAUCUCACGAUCAAAGCUGGUCAGUCGAUCUCGUUCGACGUCCCGGUUUCCGGAGAACCAACCCCAACGGUUACCUGGCAAUGGCCAGACCACAGAGAAAUCAGAAAUGGAGGACGUGUCAAGCUGGACAAUCCGGAGAACCAAUCCAAGUUGGUCAUCCGUCAAAUGGAACGAGGAGACAGCGGAACGUUCACGAUUCGUGCUGUUAAUGUGAACGGAGAAGAUGAGGCAACUGUCAAGAUUAACGUCAUUGGUAUUUAGACUUUUUUCAAUGCUUACCCUUACUAGUAUGUUUCAGACAAACCAACUUCUCCGAACGGGCCGUUGGACGUUCUUGAUGUGCACGCCGACCACGUCACUCUUGACUGGCGCGCUCCGGAUGACGAUGGAGGCAUUCCAAUUGAGAACUACGUCAUUGAGAAGUACGACACUGCCAAUGGCCGAUGGGUGCCAGCCGCAAAGGUCGCUGGAGAUCAAACUUCGGCAGUCGUGGACGGGCUCAUUGCAGGACACGAAUACAAAGUAAACCAGAAUUCGUUGCAAACUUCAUUAAAAAUAUCAAUUUGCAGUUCCGUGUAGCCGCUGUUAACGCCGAAGGAGAAUCCGAGCCUUUGGAGACCUUCGGAACCACUUUGGCCAAGGAUCCGUUCGAUAAACCGGGCAAGACCAGCGCUCCGGAAGUCACUGACUGGGACAAGGACCACGUGGAUUUGGAGUGGAAGCCGCCAGCAAACGAUGGCGGAGCUCCAAUCGAGGAGUACAUCGUUGAGAUUAAGGACGAAUUCUCUCCAUUCUGGAAUGAGGUCGCCCAUGUGCCAGCUUCACAGACCAACGCGACUGUUGGAAAUCUAAAGGAAGGAUCCAAGUACGAGUUCAGAAUUCGUGCGAAGAACAAGGCCGGAUUGGGAGAUCCGUCUGAUUCUGCUUCAGCCGUUGCCAAAGCCAGAAAUGGUAACUUGCAAACAUUUCUGUUUUAUAUACAAUGUGCUUUUUUUUCAGUUCCGCCAGUCAUCGACCGUAACUCGAUCCAAGAGAUCAAAGUGAAGGCCGGCCAAGAUUUCUCUCUGAACAUUCCCGUCAGUGGAGAACCAAUUCCGACCAUCACGUGGACGUUCGAAGGAUCGCCAGUUGAGUCGGAUGACCGUGUGCGAUUGGCAAACGAAGACGGAAAGACCAAGUUCCACGUGAAGAGAGCACUCCGCUCAGACACUGGAACCUACAUCAUCAAGGCCGAGAAUGUCAACGGAACCGACACUGCCGAAGUGAAAGUCACCGUCCUCGACCAUCCAUCUAGUCCGCGCGGACCUCUUGAUGUCACGAACAUUGUGAAGGACGGUUGCGAUCUGGCGUGGAAGGAGCCAGAAGACGACGGAGGCGCAGAGAUCAGCCACUACGUCGUCGAGAAGCAAGACGCGGCAACCGGCAGAUGGACUGCGUGCGGAGAGAGCAAGGACACCAACUUCCACGUGGACGAUCUCGUUCAGGGACACGAGUACAAGUUCAGAGUGAAAGCGGUCAAUAGACACGGAGACUCCGAUCCCUUGGAGGCCCGCGAAGCCAUCAUUGCCAAGGAUCCAUUCGACCGCGCCGACAAACCGGGAACUCCGGAAAUUGUCGAUUGGGAUAAGGACCAUGCUGAUCUUAAGUGGACUCCGCCAGCCGACGAUGGAGGUGCCCCGAUCGAGGGAUACCUCGUCGAGAUGAGAACGCCUUCGGGAGAUUGGGUGCCCGCUGUCAAGGUUGGAGCUGAUCAGUUGACCGCCACGGUCGACGGUCUCAAGCCUGGACAGACUUACCAAUUCCGAGUAAAAGCGCUCAACAAGGCAGGAGAAUCGACGCCUUCUGAUCCGAGCAGAACCAUGGUGGCGAAGCCACGUCAUCUCGCUCCGAAGAUCAACAGAGACAUGUUUGUUGCUCAGAGAAUCAAGGCCGGACAGACCCUUAACUUCGAUGUGAACGUGGAAGGAGAGCCUGCUCCGAAGAUCGAAUGGUUCCUGAACGGAGCUCCGUUGUCAUCUGGAGGAAAGACUCACAUCGACAACAACACCGACAAUAAUACGAAGCUGACGACGAAGGACACCGCCCGUGCCGACAGCGGAAAAUACAAGAUUGUCGCCACGAACGAGAGUGGAAGGGACGAGCAUGAGGUCGAUGUGAACAUCCUCGACAUCCCUGGAGCUCCAGAAGGACCACUUCGUCAUAAGGACAUCACGAAGGAGAGUGUCGUGCUGAAAUGGGACGAGCCAUUGGAUGACGGAGGAUCUCCGAUCACCAACUACAUUGUGGAGAAGCAAGAGGACGGAGGACGAUGGGUGCCGGCCGGAGAGACCUCCGACACGUCCCUCAAAGUGAACAAAUUGUCCGAGGGACACGAGUACAAGUUCCGUGUGAAGGCAGUCAACCGGCAAGGAACAUCUGCCCCGCUCACUUCCGAUCAUGCUAUCGUUGCCAAGAAUCCGUUCGAUGAGCCUGAUGCUCCGACUGAUGUGACUCCAGUCGACUGGGAUAAGGAUCAUGUUGACUUGGAAUGGAAGCCGCCAGUGAACGAUGGCGGUGCACCGAUUGAUGCUUACAUUGUUGAGAAGAAGGACAAGUUCGGAGACUGGGUCGAGUGUGCUCGUGUCGACGGAAAGACCACGAAGGCCACCGCUGACAACCUCACUCCAGGAGAGACGUAUCAGUUCCGAGUGAAGGCUGUUAACAAGGCAGGACCAGGAAAACCAUCCGAUCCAACUGGAAACGUUGUUGCAAAGCCAAGAAGAAUGGCCCCGAAGCUCAACCUUGCUGGACUUCUCGAUCUUCGCAUCAAGGCCGGAACUCCUAUCAAAUUGGACAUCACUUUCGAAGGAGAGCCAACUCCAGUUGCCACGUGGAAGGCCAACGACACCACGGUCACUGCUGGACCUCGUGCUGACGUCACGAACACUCCGACGUCAUCUGCCAUUCACAUCUUCUCCGCUGUUCGUGGAGACACCGGUGUCUAUAAGAUCAUCGUGGAGAACGAGCACGGAAAAGACACUGCUCAGUGCAAUGUGACCGUUCUUGACGUGCCCGGCACUCCAGAAGGACCACUCAAGAUCGACGAGAUCCAUAAGGAAGGAUGCACACUCAACUGGAAGCCGCCAGCAGACAACGGAGGAUCCGACGUCCUUCACUACGUCGUCGAGAAGAUGGACACAUCCCGUGGAACCUGGCAGGAGGUCGGAACAUUCCCAGACUGUACUGCAAAGGUCAACAAGUUGGUGCCUGGAAAGGAGUACGCCUUCCGUGUGAAGGCCGUCAACUUGCAAGGAGAGUCGAAGCCAUUGGAGGCUGAAGAGCCCAUCAUUGCUAAGAACCAAUUCGACGUUCCUGCUCCAGUUGAUAAGCCAGAAGUGACCGACUGGGACAAGGACAGAAUCGACAUCAAAUGGAACCCAACUGCCAACAACGGAGGAGCUCCAGUCACCGGAUACAUUGUGGAGAAGAAGGAGAAGGGCAGUUCCAUCUGGACAGAAGCUGGAAAGACGCCCGGUACCACAUUCAGUGCUGAUAACCUUAAGCCGGGUGUUGAGUACGAGUUCCGUGUUGUUGCCGUCAAUGCUGCCGGCCCAUCUGAUCCAUCGGAACCGACUGACCCACAAAUAACGAAGGCUCGUUACUUGAAGCCAAAGAUCUUGACUCAGAUCAGAAAGAUCAAGAUCAAGGCUGGAUUCACUCACAAUCUCGAAGUCGAUUUCGUCGGAGCCCCAGAUCCAACCGCCACCUGGUCUGUCGGAGAUGCGGGAGCACCACUUGCUCCAGAGCUCAUUGUCGAUGCCAAGAACCAGAGCACUUCGAUCUUCUUCCCAUCCGCCAAGAGAGCUGACAGCGGAAACUACAAGUUGAAGGUGAAGAACGAGCUGGGCGAAGACGAGGGAAUCUUCGAGAUCAUUGUGCAAGACCGCCCGAGUGCUCCCACUGGACCUCUGGAAGUGUCCGAUGUGACCAAGGACAGUUGUGUUCUCAACUGGAAACCACCGAAGGACGACGGAGGCGCCGAGAUCAGCAACUAUGUCGUCGAGAAGAGAGACACCCGCACGAACACGUGGAUUCCAGUCUCUGCAUUCGUCACUGGAACCUCUAUCACCGUCCCGAAGUUGACAGAAGGACACGAGUACGAAUUCCGUGUGAUGGCUGAGAACACCUUCGGAAGAUCCGAUUCGCUCAACACGGACGAGGCUGUUCUUGCCAAGGAUCCAUUCGGAACUCCAGGAAAGCCAGGAAGACCAGAAAUUGUGGAUACUGACAAUGAUCACAUCGACAUCAAAUGGGAUCCACCAAGAGACAACGGAGGAUCUCCAAUUGACCACUACGACGUCGAAAGGAAAGACACAAAGACUGGUAGAUGGAUCAAGGUUAAUACUUCUCCAGUCGACGGAACUGCCUUCUCGGACACACGCGUCCAGAAGGGACACACCUACGAAUACCGUGUCGUUGCCGUCAACAAGGCCGGACCAGGACAACCUUCCGACCCGUCCGCCGCCGCCACCGCUAAGCCAAUGCACGAGGCACCGAAGUUCGAUCUGGAUCUGGAUGGAAAGGAGUUCCGCGUGAAAGCCGGAGAACCACUCGUCAUCACCAUUCCAUACACUGCUUCGCCACAACCAGACAUCUCGUGGACGAGAGAAGGAGGCAAGCCGUUGGUCGGAGUGGAAACCACAGACUCUCAGACCAAGUUGGUCAUCCCAGCGACGAGGAGAACAGAUUCCGGACCAAUCAAGAUCAAGGCGGUUAACCCGUACGGAGAGGCCGAAGCCAACAUCAAGAUCACGGUUGUGGAUCGUCCGGGGCCACCGGAGAACAUCACCUAUCCAGCCGUGAGCAGACACACUUGCACACUCAACUGGGAUGCGCCGAAGGACGAUGGAGGUGCCGAGAUUGCCGGAUACAGAAUCGAGUACCAGGAGGUCGGAUCGCAAAUCUGGGAUAAGGUUCCGGGACUAAUUUCCGGAAACAGCUACACUGUUCGUGGAUUGGAGCACGGCCAGCAGUACAGAUUCAGAAUUCGUGCUGAGAACGUCGUCGGGCUGUCCGAUCACUGCCAGGGAGCACCAGUUGUCAUCAAGGAUCCAUUCGACCCACCAGGUGCUCCAAGCACUCCAGACAUCACUGGCUACGAUACCAACCAAGUUUCGCUUGCUUGGAAUCCGCCAAGAGAGGACGGAGGAUCUCCGAUUAUCGGAUACGUCGUUGAGAGAUUCGAGAAGAGAGGAGGAGGCGACUGGGCUCCAGUCAAGAUGCCGAUGGUCAAGGGAACCGAAUGCAUUGUGCCAGGACUUCACGAGAAUGAGACUUAUCAGUUCCGUGUCCGUGCUGUCAAUGCUGCCGGACAAGGAGAGCCUAGCAACGGAACCGAGCCAGUUACCUGCCGUCCGUACGUCGAGAAGCCGGGACCUCCAGAUGCUCCGAGAGUCGGAAAGAUCACAAAGAACUCUGCGGAACUCACUUGGAACAGACCCUUGAGAGACGGUGGCGCUCCCAUUGAUGGCUACAUCAUCGAGAAGAAGAAGCUGGGAGACAACGACUGGACGAAAUGCAACGAUAAGCCAGUGCGCGAUACCGCGUUUGAAGUGAAGAACCUCGGAGAGAAGGAGGAGUACGAGUUCCGCGUGAUUGCCGUCAACAGUGCCGGAGAAGGAGAACCAUCGAAGCCUUCCGAUUUAGUGCUCAUUGAAGAGCAACCGGGUCGCCCGAUCUUCGACAUCACUUCGCUCAAGGACAUCACUGUUCGUGCUGGAGAAACCAUCCAAAUCCGCAUCCCAUACGCUGGUGGAAACCCGAAACCAAUCAUCGACGUCUUCAAUGGGAACUCUCCGAUCUUCGAGAACGAAAGAACUGUGGUCGAUGUGAAUCCGGGAGAGAUCGUAAUCACCACAACUGGAUCGAAGAGAACCGAUGCAGGACCGUACAAGAUCUCCGCCACCAACAAGUACGGCAAGGACACUUGCAAGCUCAACGUGUUCGUUCUUGAUGCUCCUGGCAAACCAACAGGCCCGAUCCGUGCCACAGACAUCCAGGCAGACGCCAUGACCCUUUCGUGGAAACCGCCAAAAGACAAUGGAGGAGAUGAGAUCACCAACUACGUCGUCGAGAAAAGAACUUCGGGAGGAGACUGGGUCACGGUCGGACAUCCGGUCGGAACUUCCGUCCGUGUACGCAACUUGGACGCCAACACCCCGUACGAAUUCCGUGUUCGUGCUGAGAACCAGUACGGAAUCGGAGAGCCACUUGAGACUGACGAUGCUAUCGUUGCCAAGAAUCCGUUCGACACUCCAGGAGCGCCAGGACAACCAGAAGCUCUCGAGACUUCUGAGGAGGCCAUCACGCUCCAAUGGACUAGACCUACUUCCGAUGGAGGAGCUCCAAUUCAAGGAUACGUCAUCGAGAAGAGAGAAGUCGGAACCAGCGAAUGGUCAAAGGCCGCAUUUGGAAACAUCCUUGACACCAAACACCGUGUCACCGGACUUACUCCAAAGAAGACGUACGAGUUCAGAGUGGCCGCGUACAAUGCUGCCGGACAAGGAGAGUACAGCGUUAACUCGGUGCCAAUCACCGCCGACAGUGCUCCAACCAGACCGAAGAUCAACAUGGGAAUGCUCACCAGAGACAUCCUCGCUUACGCCGGAGAACGUGCGAAGAUCCUUGUUCCGUUUGCAGCGUCGCCAGCUCCAAAGGUCACUUUCUCUAAAGGAGAGAACAAGAUCAGCCCAACUGAUCCGAGAGUCAAGGUGGAAUACAACGAUUUCCUUGCCUCGUUGACCAUCGAGAAAUCCGAACUGACCGACGGAGGCUUGUACUUUGUUGAGUUGGAGAACAGCCAAGGAAGCGAUUCCGCCAGCAUUCGCCUGAAGGUCGUCGACAAGCCCGCCCCGCCACAGCACAUCAGAGUGGAGGACAUUGCUCCGGACUGCUGCACCCUCUACUGGAUGCCACCGACUUCUGAUGGAGGAUCGCCGAUCACCAACUACAUUGUCGAAAAGUUGGAUCUCCGUCAUUCGGAUGGAAAGUGGGAGAAGGUAUCUUCCUUCGUUCGCAAUCUGUCCUACACUGUCGGAGGACUCAUCAAGGAUAACCGCUACCGCUUCCGUGUUCGUGCCGAGACCCAAUAUGGAGUUUCUGAGCCAUGCGAGCUUACCGAAGUCGUUGUUGCCAAGUAUCAGUUCGAAGUUCCCCACCAGCCGGAAGCCCCAACUGUCCGCGACGUUGACUCGACGUGGGCCGAUCUGGAAUGGGAGGCUCCGAGGGACGGAGGAUCAAAGAUCAUUGGAUAUCAAGUGCAGUACAGAGACACUUCUUCCGGAAGAUGGAUCAAUGCCAAGAUGGAUCUUGUCGAAGCAACGCAUGCCCGUGUCUCAGGACUCCGUCAAAAUGGAGAGUUCGAAUUCAGAAUCAUCGCCAAGAACGCCGCCGGAUUCUCGAAGCCGUCGCCUCCAUCCGAGAGAUGCCAACUCAAGUCUCGUUUCGGACCACCCGGACCACCAAUUCAAGUGGGAGCCAAGUCAAUCGGACGCAAUCACUGCACGAUCACCUGGGUCGCUCCACUGGAAGACGGAGGAUCCAAGAUCACCGGAUACAACGUGGAAAUGCGGGAAUACGGUAGCACUCUGUGGGCGACUGUCAGCGAUUACAACGUGCGCGAGCCGGAGUUCACUGUUGACAAGCUCAAGGAGUUCAACGAUUACGAGUUCCGUGUGGUUGCCAUCAACGCCGCCGGAAAGGGAAUUCCCUCUCUUCCGUCUGGACCAAUCAAGAUUCAGGAAUCUGGAGGCUCCCGCCCACAGAUCGUCGUCAAGCCAGAGGACACUGCUCAGCCGUACAACAGAAGAGCCGUGUUUGUUUGCGAAGCUGUCGGCCGACCAGAACCCACCGCCAGAUGGCUCAGAAACGGAAGAGAACUCCCGGAGAGCAGCAGAUACCGCUUCGAAUCCAGCGACGGAGUCUACAAGUUCACCAUCAAGGAAGUGUGGGAUAUCGACGCCGGAGAGUACACCGUUGAAGUGUUCAACUCUUACGGAAGCGACACCGCCACGGCGAGACUCAUCGUGCAGGCGCCACCAGUCAUCGAGAAAGACGUUCCGAACACGAUUCUUCCGAGCGGCGAUCUUGUCCGUUUGAAGAUUUACUUCUCCGGAACUGCUCCGUUCCGUCACAGUUUGGUGCUGAACAAGGAGGAGAUUGACAUGGACCAUCCGACGAUCCGAACUGUUGAAUUCGACGAUCACAUCCUGAUCACCAUCACUUCGUUGUCAGUCAGAGAAGCUGGACGAUACGAGUACACCGUGUCCAACGAUUCGGGAGAUGCUACUACCGGAUUCUGGCUGAACGUGACCGGACUACCAGAAGCACCGCAAGGCCCUCUUCACAUCAGCAACAUCGGCCCAAGCACUGCCACUUUGUCUUGGAGGCCACCAGUCACUGACGGAGGAUCGAAGAUCACCAACUACGUCGUCGAGAAGAGAGAUUUGUCGAAGGACGAUUGGACUAUUGUUUCUUCGAACGUGAAAGACAUGAACUACAUCGUGACUGGACUGUUCGAGAACCACGAAUACGAGUUCAGAGUGUCCGCUCAGAAUGAGAACGGACAGGGAGCUCCUCUUGUCAGCGAGCAUCCGAUUGUUGCCCGUCUUCCGUUCGACCCACCAACCUCUCCAAUCAACCUUGAAAUCGUUCAAGUCGGAGGCGACUACGUCACUCUUUCGUGGCAACGUCCAUCUUCCGACGGAGGAGGUCGUCUGCGUGGAUACAUCAUCGAGAAGCAAGAGGAAGGACACGAAGAAUGGUUCAGAUGCAAUCAAAAUCCAUCUCCGCCCAACACCUACAACGUUCCUAACCUCAUCGAUGGACGAAAGUACAGAUACCGCGUGUUCGCUGUUAACGAUGCCGGAUUUUCGGACCCAGCAGAAUUGGACCAGACCUUGUUCAAGGCUUCUGGAGCGGGAGAGGCACCAAAGAUCGUGACUCCGUUGAAGGAACUGAACGAGGAAGUCGGCAGAUCUGUCACCUUCGAAUGCACAAUCAGCGGAUCUCCAAGACCGGAAUACAGAUGGUUCAAGGGAUGCAAGGAGCUCGUCGACACAAGCAAAUACACCCUCAUCAACAAGGGAGACAAGCAGGUGCUCAUCAUCAACGACCUCACUUCGGAAGACGCCGACGAGUACACGUGCAGAGCCACCAACUCUUCCGGAACUCGCAGCACCAGAGCCAAUCUGCGCAUCAAGACCAAGCCACGUGUCUUCAUUCCACCGAAGUAUCACGGAGGAUACGAGGCUCAGAAGAACGAGACGGUCGAGCUGAAGAUUCCGUACAAGGCGUACCCGCAGGGAGAAUCCAGAUGGACGAAGGACGGCGAAAAGAUCGAGAACAACAGCAAAUACAGCAUCACAACUGAUGACAAGUUCGCCACUUUGAGAAUCUCGAAUGCUACCCGCGAAGACUUCGGAGAGUACCGUGUUGUCGUUGAGAAUUCGGUUGGAUCUGAUUCCGGAAUCGUGAAUGUCACCGUCGCUGAUGUGCCAGAGCCACCGAGAUUCCCGAUCAUCGAAAACAUCCUCGAUGAAGCCAUCAUCUUGUCUUGGAAGCCACCAGCACUCGACGGAGGAUCUCUGGUCACAAGUUACCUCAUCGAGAAGAGAGAAGCCAAUGGAGGAUCGUGGUCGCCGUGUGCCAAGAGCAGAUACACCUACACGACCAUCGAAGGACUCCGCUCCGGAAAGCAGUACGAGUUCAGAAUCACUGCCGAGAACAAGAACGGAGUGUCGAAGCCUUGCGAGCCAACUGCUCCAGUUUUGAUUCCAGGAGAUGAACGCAAACGCAGACGUGGAUACGGAGUGGACGAUCAAGGAAAAAUCGUGCGUGGAAAGGGACCAGUCUCUUCCAACUACGACAACUACGUAUUCGAUAUCUGGAAGCAGUACUACCCGCAGCCAGUUGAGAUCAAGCACGACCACGUUCUCGACCACUACGAUAUCCACGAAGAGCUCGGAACCGGGGCGUUCGGAGUGGUUCACAGAGUCACCGAGAGAGCCACUGGCAACAACUUCGCCGCCAAAUUCGUCAUGACUCCUCAUGAAGCGGACAAGGAGACCGUCCGGAAGGAAAUUCAGACCAUGUCAGUGCUCCGACACCCCAAGCUCGUCAACUUGCACGAUGCAUUCGAAGACGACAAUGAAAUGGUGAUGAUCUACGAAUUCAUGAGCGGAGGAGAACUGUUCGAGAAGGUCGCCGAUGAGCACAACAAAAUGACAGAGGACGAGGCGGUCGAGUACACGAGACAAGUGUGCAAGGCCCUUUGCCACAUGCAUGAGAUGAACUACGUGCAUUUGGAUUUGAAGCCAGAAAACAUCAUGUUCACGACGAAGAGAAGCAAUGAGCUGAAGUUGAUCGACUUCGGACUGGCCGCCCAUCUCGACCCGAAGCAGUCUGUCAAGGUCACCACCGGGACAGCCGAGUUCGCCGCUCCAGAAGUUGCCGAGGGCAAUCCAGUCGGUUAUUACACCGAUAUGUGGAGCGUCGGAGUCCUCUCUUACAUUCUUCUCUCCGGACUCUCGCCAUUCGGCGGAGAGAACGAUGACGACACCUUGAGGAAUGUGAAGGUAAGUGCGCAGUCGUACAGCAAGAGAAGCAAUGACGGAUAUUUUCAGAGCUGUGACUGGAAUAUGGACGAUUCGGCCUUUUCGAGCAUUUCCGAUGACGCCAAGGAUUUCAUCCGCAAGCUUCUUCUUGCAGAUCCGAACAGCAGAAUGACCAUCCAUCAGGCAUUGGAACAUCCUUGGCUUUCAUCCGGAAACGUCCCAGGACGUGAUUCCCAAAUUCCAAGCAGCAGAUACACAAAGAUCCGCGACUCGAUCAAAUCGAAGUAUGACGCCUGGCCAGAACCACUGCCGCCACUCGGACGAAUCUCGAACUAUUCGUCGCUCAGAAAGCACAGACCACAAGAAUACUCGAUCCGUGACGCCUUCUGGGACAGAUCUGAAGCCCAGCCACGAUUCAUCAUCAAGCCUUACGGAACCGAAGUUGCCGAGGGACAAUCCGCCAACUUCUACUGCCGAGUCAUCGCCUCUUCCCCACCAGUUGUUACCUGGCACAAGGAAGACAGAGAAUUGAAGCAGAGUGUGAAGUACAUGAAGAGGUACAAUGGCAACGACUACGGAUUGACGAUCAACCGCGUGAAGGGAGACGACAAGGGAGAGUACACCGUGCGAGCGAAGAAUUCGUACGGAACGAAGGAAGAGAUCGUCUUCCUGAACGUCACCCGCCACUCGGAACCACUCAAGUUCGAGCCUUUGGAACCGAUGAAGAGAGCUCCGAGCCCACCGAAGGUCGAAGAGUUCAAGGAGAAGAGAUCUGCUCCGAAAUUCACUUUCCAUCUGAGAAACCGUUUGAUCCAGAAGAACCACCAAUGCAAACUGACCUGCUCUCUCCAAGGAAACCCAAAUCCGAAGAUCGAAUGGAUGAAGGACGGAUACCCGGUCGACCAGGACCGCGUGCAAGUCUCUUUCCGCAGCGGAGUCUGCUCUUUGGAGAUCUUCAACGCACGUGUCGACGACGCCGGAACGUACACAGUCACAGCCACCAACGAACUCGGAACUGAUGUGUCCGAGUGCGUGCUGACAGUGCAAACGAAAGGAGGAGAGCCGAUUCCAAGGAUUUCCUCUUUCCGACCAAGAAGAGCCUACGAUACUCUGUCCACUGGAGCCGAUGUCGAAAGAUCUCACUCGUACGCGGACAUGAGAAGAAGAUCGCUGAUUCGGGACGUGUCACCAGAUGUUCGAUCGGCCGCCGAUGACCUCAAAACGAAGAUCACCAACGAAUUGCCGUCUUUCACUAUUCAGCUUUCCGAUGCGGAGACUGAAGUUGGCGGAUCUGUCGAGUUCGCCGCAGAGGUCUCCGGACAGCCAGAGCCACUCAUCGAAUGGCUUUACAACGGAGAAAGAGUCUCCGCCACUGACUACCGACUCCGUUCCUCGUUCGUCGGAGGAAGAGCCACGUUGCGAAUCAGCGACGUGAAGAAAUCCGACGAAGGACAAUAUCUGUGCCGUGCAUCCAACUCGGCCGGACAAGAACAGACGAGAGCCUCUUUGACAGUGAAAGGAGAGCAACUGGUCAACGGACACAUGGAGAAGGAGGAAAACGAGCUUCGUGUGGCCAGACACCUGGCAGGACAGCUCGUGAACUCGGGAGAAGCCGUCACAUUCGAGGCAAGAGUUGAAGGAACGCCCGAAGAAGUUUUGUGGAUGAGAAAUGGGCAAGAGGUGAGUGCAGAGAACAUAACUGGAGUAGAAAACGAGAGGAAGUUUCAGCUGACUGACGGAGAGAAGACGAGCAUCAGCCAGGACGGAGACACUCUUUCUCUGACGGUCAACUCGGCGGACGCUUCUGACGCGGGACACUAUCAACUGGAGGUCCGUUCCAAAGGAACCAACCUCGUCUCCGUGGCUUCUCUCGUCGUCGUCGGAGAAAAGGCCGAGCCGCCAGUCACCAGGCUUCCGGCCUCGGUAUCCGCUCCGCUCGGUGGCUCCACUGCGUUCACCGUCGAAUUCGAGAACACAGAUGGUAGGAUAUAUUGUGGAACCCUCUAAAAGACAAUCAAUUUCAGGUCUGACAGUGCAAUGGUUCCGCGGAUCGGAAAAAAUUGAAAAGAACGAACGGGUCAAAUCGGUCAAGUCCGGAAACACCUUCAAGCUGGACAUCAAGGUACCGAUUCCCAGCCCCGUCCGAUCGCAUUUCCUCUUUGUUUCAGAACGUCGAGCAGGACGACGAUGGCAUUUACGUCGCCAAAGUGGUAAAGGAGAAGAAGGCGAUUGCCAAGUACGCGGCGGCGCUUCUCCUCAUUUAA